AUGAACGCCGCAUCGACUGGUCGCGUAUCGAGGCCAGGGACGUGCAGCCGCCACGGGAACAAGCUCAGCGUCGAGGUGAAGCAAGGCCGCAACCUGAUCCCCAUGGACCCGAACGGCCUCUCGGACCCCUACGUGAAGAUGAAGCUGAUCCCCGACUCGGACAACGUGAAGAAAAAAACCAAGACCAUCCGCAGCACGCUCAACCCCGUGUGGAACGAGACCCUCACCUUCGAGCUGAAGGCGGAGGACAAGGACCGGAGGCUGCUCAUCGAGGUGUGGGACUGGGACCGAACCUCCCGAAACGAUUUCAUGGGGUCUCUCUCCUUUGGCAUAUCCGAACUGAUGAAGGCCCCGGCUGAGGGCUGGUUCAAGCUCCUCACGCAGGAGGAGGGAGAGUUCUACAACGUGCCGGUGCCUGAGGAAGGCGCUGACCUCGCCCAGCUGAAGAACCAGAUGAGGGCUACGAGUGUUGGAGCUCGUAGGGCUCCGCCCCCGCCUGAUAGGGAGGUGCCGCACAACAUGGCGGCUGCAGACGUCAUCAGGGCAUCGGACUUCAACUUCAUCAUGGUGCUCGGGAAGGGGUCUUUUGGGAAGGUAAUGCUGGCCGAGCGCCGCGGCACCGAUGAGCUCUACGCCAUCAAGAUCCUGAAGAAGGACAUCAUCAUCCAGGACGACGACGUGGAGUGCACGAUGGUGGAGAAGCGGGUCUUGGCUCUGAGCAGCAAGCCGCCCUUCUUAGUGCAGCUGCAUUCCUGCUUCCAGACUAUGGAUCGUCUAUACUUUGUGAUGGAGUACGUGAACGGCGGAGAUCUUAUGUUCCAAAUUCAGCAGUGCGGAAAAUUCAAGGAGCCUGUUGCCGUAUUUUAUGCAGCUGAAAUAGCCAUCGGACUGUUCUUCCUACACUCGCGCGGGAUCGUGUACCGCGACCUGAAACUGGACAACGUGUUGCUCGACCAAGACGGCCACAUCAAGAUCGCUGACUUCGGGAUGUGCAAAGAAGGCAUCAACGGCGACAAAACCACCAAGACCUUCUGCGGGACGCCGGACUAUAUCGCGCCAGAGAUCAUCUUAUACCAGCCGUACGGCAAGUCGGUCGACUGGUGGGCAUACGGGGUGCUGCUGUAUGAAAUGCUUGUGGGACAGCCGCCGUUUGACGGUGAAGAUGAGGAGGAACUGUUCGCUGCUAUCACUGAUAACAGCGUGUCGUAUCCCAAGACUUUGAGCAAGGAAGCGAAAGACGCGUGCAAAGCGUUCCUGACCAAGAACCCGCAGAAGCGUUUGGGAUGCGGCGCGCGCGGCGAGGAGGACGUGCGCUUGCAUCCCUUCUUCAAGCGCAUCGACUGGUCGCGCAUCGAGGCCAGGGACGUGCAGCCGCCUUUCAAGCCUAAGAUCAAACACCGCAAGGACGUGUCGAACUUCGACAAGCAGUUCACCCAAGAGAAGACGGAGCUGACGCCGACGGACAAGCUGUUCAUGAUGAACCUCGACCAGACCGAGUUCAUGGGCUUCUCCUUCCUCAACCCCGAGUAUGUGCAGCACGUCUGAACCGACGAGGGUUGAGCCGCUCUUCCAACACUACAGAAGCUGACUUAGCACUCGCUGCCAUCGCUCCGAGGCGAGGGUAUCUCUCCAUCUGUCGACUGUCUCUGUCACUCUCACGACGCCAGUCGUUCGCUAUCUCGUUCAUUCUCGACUGUAAGCUACGUUUCAUUCGGAACCGUAUUUCCAGUGUUCUCAUGAAUGGGGAUCGAUGAGCAUAUGAUAACAAAAACAACAAAAAAAAAGCUCAUUCCCGUUUACUUUUUAA